CUCAAGACUGCCGACGAUGCCGAAAGAAAUCCGCGACAUCAAGCAAUUCAUCAAAAUCACGCAGAGGAAGGAUGCCUCGCAGGCGCGGAUAAAAAAGAUCCCCUCAAAAGUCGCCGGUGGCAAGACACAGACCAAGUUCAAAGUUCGAUGCUCGCGGUACUUGUACACAUUGUCGGUGGAUGACCCAGAGAAGGCCGAGAAGUUGAAGCAGAGCUUGCCCCCUGGUCUCUCAGUAGUGGAGGUCGACAAGGCACCAGCAAAGAAGAAGUAAACGCACCCACCCACUAUUUUUGUAUCUUCUUCUCCGCUAUGCAACUUUAUGACAUGUACCCACCACACACAUAUGAUGGUUAUGCGACUUCCUGGCCAAAAUCAACGCGAUUGGGUUUCCUGUCAGAUGAAAACGCGCAAGUGGCGACACUCGGAUGGGCACCGAUUUGGGGUAUUUAUUCCAGUUCCCUGGGCUCUCCUGUUCGACUACUAGAGAUGGGACCAUACCUGGUCAACGAAUUCGAUUCCUCCGUUCAA